UAAUGUAUUUUCUACUUGUUCUUUAGCCUUCUUCAUUUCCGAAAUCCUUUUUUAUCCUCCAACCAUUGAUAAAAUACUUCCCAUAUCAUAUAAUAUUCAGUUUGUUCUUUCUCCUUAAUUGCUAAUGUUAAUCUGUUCAUUUCUGCACAUUCUAAUAUUUUCCUUAUCUGGACUGGCCAUUUCUGAUUAGAGAGAAUGGAGUAUCAGCAGCUGGAUUAAUUUUAGUUAAGUUAAAGUAACUAUUAAUUCAUCUUUACUUCCUUGGUAUGGAAGACAUUUAACACAAAUUACUGAAUAUGGUUGGAACAAUCAGUCUAGUGAAGAUAGAUAUGAGAAUACAGCUGAUGUAGAGGUCAAAGACAAAUGAGUUGUAUAAUGUGGGCAUAUUAAUAUGGUUCAGGUGAAUAGCUCACCUGUUACAUCUUGCAGAUAAAUUAUAGGAAGCUCCGCUGAUUUGUUUUGGAUCAGGGAUUUAAGCUGGCCAUGAAGAAAACUAAUUUCAUGCCCAAAACUUGAAGUCUACAAAGAGAAAAAUAAAUAGAUUAUAUUAUAUUAUAUUAGAUUAGAUUAGAUUAGAUUAGAUUAGAUUAGAUUAGAUUAGAUUAGAUUAGAAUAGAAUUCUUUAUUGGCCAAGUGUGAUUGGACAUACAAGGAAUUUAUCUUUGGUGCAUAUGCUCUCAGUGUACAUAAAAGGACAAGAUACAUUUGUUAAGAAUCAUAAGGUACAACACUUAAUGAUAGUCAUAGGGAACAAAUAAGCAAUCAAAUCAUACUAGGAAACAAUCAAUAUAAAUCGUAAGGAUACAAGCAACAAAGUUACAUCAUACCGUCAUAAGUGGGAGGAGUUGGGCGACAGGAACAAUAAGAAGAUUAAUAGUAAUGCAGACUUAGUGAAUAGUUUGAUAGUGUUGAGGGAAUUAUUUGUUUAGCAGAGUGAUGGCGUUCGGGGAAAAAAUUGUUCUUGUGUCUAGUUGUUUUGGUGUGCAGUGCUAUAUAGCGUUGUUUUGAGGGUAGGAGUUAAAAAAAUUUAGGGUCCAGGAUGUGAGGGUGUCUGUAAAUAUUUUCACAGCCUUCUUUUUGACUCAUGCAGUAUACAGGUCCUCAAUGGAAGGAAGGUUGGUGGUAAUUGUUUUUUCUGCAGUUCUAAUUAUCCUCUGAAGUCUGUGUCAGUCUUGUUGGGUUGCAGAACCAAACCAGACAGUUGUAGAGGUACAGAUGACAGACUCAAUAAUUCCUCUGUAGAACUGUAUCAGCAGUUCCUUGGGCAGUUUGAGCUUCCUGACUUGAUGCAGAAAGAACAUUCUUUGUUGUGCUUUUUUGAGAAUUUGCUAAGUAGAAGAUAUAGGAUGGUCGUGUCUCUCUUGAAAAAUAAUUGAAUAAUAAUUUCUAUCCUUUAUAAAUCUUACAGCGCAAUUCUAAGUGAAAUCAAAUUCUGGGAUUCAUUUCUGAACAGGAGGGCAUUGCUUCUCCUUGGAGACAGAGGAUGGCAGGAUGAGACACAGCCACUGCUGGUUCCACAAAAUGAGCUUUAUUUCAAGACCCUUGCUAAGCAAAAACAAAAGGAAGUAAUGGAGAAGAAUGGAAACAACCGGAAACUUCGGGUUUGUGUUGCUACAUGUAACAGAGCAGAUUAUUCAAAAUUGGCCCCAAUCAUGUUUGGCCUUAAAGCAGAACCACAGUUUUUUGAACUGGAUAUUGUAGUUCUGGGCUCUCAUCUGAUUGAUGACUAUGGGAAUACCUACCGUAUGAUUGAACAAGAUGACUUUGACAUCCACACCAGAUUACACACAAUAGUAAGAGGAGAAGAUGAAGCAGCUAUGGUGGAAUCCGUUGGUCUUGCCUUAGUCAAGUUGCCCGAUGUGCUCAAUCGCCUGAAACCUGACAUAAUGAUAGUCCAUGGAGACCGGUUUGAUGCUUUAGCGCUAGCUACCUCUGCUGCCUUAAUGAACAUUCGAAUUCUUCACAUUGAAGGUGGAGAAGUCAGCGGGACCAUAGAUGAUUCCAUCAGGCAUGCCAUUACCAAGCUGGCUCAUUACCACGUGUGUUGCACAAGAAGUGCAGAACAGCAUUUGAUUUCUAUGUGUGAAGACCACGAUCGCAUCCUUCUGGCAGGAUGCCCUUCGUAUGAUAAACUGCUAUCUGCCAAAAAUAAGGAUUAUAUGAGCAUUAUUCGGAUGUGGUUAGGUGAAGGCGUGAAGCCAAAAGAGUAUAUAAUCGCUUUACAACAUCCUGUGACCACAGACAUUAAACAUUCUGUAAAGAUGUUUGAACUGACUUUGGAUGCCCUCAUCUCUUUUAACAAGAGGACUUUGAUUUUAUUCCCAAAUAUUGAUGCAGGGAGCAAAGAAAUGGUUCGGGUAAUGAGGAAGAAAGGUAUUGAGCAUCACCCAAAUUUCCGUGCAGUAAAAAAUGUCCCCUUCGACCAGUUCAUCCAGCUAUUGGCUCAUGCAGGUUGCAUGAUUGGGAACAGCAGCUGUGGUGUACGAGAAGUUGGGGCAUUUGGAACUCCUGUCAUCAAUCUUGGAACCCGUCAGAUAGGGAGAGAAACAGGAGAGAAUGUCCUUCACGUGAGGGAUGCUGAUUCCCAAGACAAAAUACUUCGAGCUUUGCACAUCCAGUUUGGGAAACAAUACCCUUGUUCAAAAAUAUAUGGCGAUGGAAAUGCUGUUCCAAGAAUUCUGAAGUUCCUUAAAUCCAUUGACCUGGAGGAACCCCUUCAAAAGAAAUUCUGCUUCCCCACUGUAAAAGAAAAUAUUUCCCAAGAUAUUGAUCAUAUCUUAGAAACCCAGAGUGCACUGGCAGUGGAUCUGGGUGGAACGAAUCUCCGAGUAGCAAUUGUCAGCAUGAAGGGUGAAAUAGUUAAGAAAUACAUACAACUGAACCCUAAAACUUAUGAGGAUAGAAUAGAAUUGAUCCUUAAGAUGUGUAUCGAAGCUGCCUCAGAAGCAGUAGACCUGAAUUGCAGAAUUCUGGGUGUAGGCAUUUCUACAGGUGGAAGAGUUGAUCCCCGAGAAGGUGUUGUUCUUCAUUCCACAAAACUUAUUCAGGAGUGGAACGCUGUUGACUUGCGGACUCCAAUCUCAGACGCCCUGCAUUUGCCAGUCUGGGUGGAUAAUGAUGGCAACUGUGCAGCUUUAGCAGAAAGAAAAUUUGGACAUGGAAAAGGAGUGGAAGACUUUAUAACCGUUAUCACUGGCACAGGUAUCGGUGGUGGAAUCAUUCAUCAAAAUGAAUUAAUUCACGGUAGUUCUUUUUGUGCUGCUGAGCUUGGGCACAUUGUGGUAGCAAUGGAUGGACCAGAGUGCCUGUGUGGGAACCAUGGCUGCAUAGAGGCAUAUGCUUCUGGAAUAGCUUUGCAGAGAGAAGCUAAGAAAUUACAUGAUGAGGAUUCAUUAUUGAUUGGAGAUAUGUCUAUGAAAAAAGAAGAUACAAUAACUGCUGCACAUCUUAUUCAGGCAGCUAAACUAGGAAACUCAAAAGCUGACAAUAUUGUUAGAACAGCAGGAACAGCCCUGGGCCUUGGAAUUGUUAAUGUUCUGCACACCAUUAGUCCUUCCCUGGUUAUACUUUCUGGCAUCUUGGCAAGUCAUUAUGUCAAUGUUGUCAGAGAUGUGAUUCGUCAGCGAGCGCUAUUUUCUGUCCAAACAGUGAAUGUGGUUGUCUCAGACCUGAGUGAUCCUGCCUUGCUUGGAGCCGCUAGCAUGGUUCUGGAUUAUACAACACGCAGAAUAUACUAAGCACCUGGAGAAUAAGUAGAAAUCCUUAUGAAGUUUGUAACGGGAAAAAUAUUUCCUACUGAUGUUGGGGUUUUUCAUUGUUUCAUAUGGUUUUAUGGAAAUCUCACCAUAAAAAUUGUUCCCAUCCACCCUUCCUUUAUUUAAUUUCUAUUUUUAUAUGCUGGAAUAUCACUAGAAACACGGUUCAGAAGAGGACUCUCUUGUAGACAAAAUGAAAUGAAACACUUCUUGGGAGCUACAGAUUGUAAAAAAGAAAACUGAAUGUACUUCUUCCUAAUGUAUUUUCAAACUGUUUUUCUCAGUAGGUGGUAAUUUCAGUAACCAGACCUUUGUUAAGCAAGUAAAUAAAUAUCCCUGACAGAUACAUGUAAUCAUUUCCAUCUCUGCAGAGCUGGGCAGGUAUGAUCUCUGUAUAAGAGAAAUUGGAAACAUCUCAUGGUAAAAUACCCACCAUUAAAAUGUGACUAUCAAUGAGAUCAUUAAUUAGAAUACAAUCUUUAUUAGGAUACAUAUUCAGUUUCAAAGUGCUUUCCUUUCAGAAAUGCCCUUCAGAAAUACUGAUUUGCAGAACCAUCAUAACUGUCAAUUAUGUUGGCCAGCAGUUACUGCAGCUGUAAUCUGGAAACCCCAUAAAAGGCACAAGUUUGGAGACAUACAAUGUGCUAGAAUGAAAAAGAGAAUAAAAUGUAUACUUUGUCUCAGUUAACAGUAGUUACAUUUUAUAUACAUCCUCUGAAUUGUGGCAAUUCCUACCACCUGGUUUUCAUGUUCUUUGCUUUUAAUGUUUUCAGCCAGUUUUUCAUGUUUUGGAAAUUAAAGGGUCAGUUACACUAGUCAUUAUGCUUUCAUUAAUUGACCCAGAUUGCUAGAUAUCUGGCUGAAAAGAUAGAUCUUGUCGACUUGGGGCUUGAGAAAACAUUUGCUUUUUGAAUCAAACCCAUAUUUAAUCUGGCUUUCAGAAAUCUGUCAGAUAUAUUUUUGUUAGCCUCAUCGUGCUCACCAAGUCCUACUUUUUUUUUAAAAAAAAGACUGGUCUUACUGGCAUUUGAUUUGUGCUUACAAAACCCAGAUAUAUAGAAGGCGAAUAUAGUGAACCAUAUAUUAAAGAUUUUGGAAGCUACAAAUGCUGAACCUUAUAGUGUGCUUAAGGCAACUUUCAGUUCUUUAUGUGGUUAUCAUAGAAAAUAGUGCAAGGGAACCAUUUACUAUGGAGGCUCUUGCUGUAAAAUCUGGGUCCCCCCCCCUAUUUUAAAGGCACAUUUUAAAACAAAAACAGGAUGAUAGGAUAGCAGUAAUAACAGAAUUGCUUCAGGAAUCUAUAUCUACCAGAGUAACUGCUUUCAUUUGUAGUAUGUAUAAGAGUGGAUCUAAUCCUUAUAUUUGAACACUUUGGGAUCUAAAGAGCAAUUAAAGAUACUUGAUUAGAACUCCUAUUUAAAAGUUUGCUUCUAAUUUGUUUAUUAGAGGGUAAACUGGGUUUUGGAAAAUAAUCCUCCUUUAAGGUUUUCUAGAUUUCUGGGUAAACAAGAAGGUAUCUCCUUGUUCUUUUGCGAUUCUGUGCUUCACAUCCUCAAAUCAGCCCUGAAGGAAUCUCUGUCCUCUGGAUCAAAUUUGGAAUUUGUGCAGCAGAUUUGUCAUGUUGGUGAAUUCUGUUCCUUAACUGACAGACACAACUGGAUAUAACACAAGAAAAAAGAAAUUAGAUGUCUGACAAAUGUGUUUGUGCUAGGAUUUUAUGACUCCUCAGUCUAAUAAUAUAAGGAAAACAGUCACUGCCUGAACAUUUGUAAUAAUGAAUUACCGUAAAUAAUUGAAUUUUGAAAAUACAGGGUGUGAAGUUAUCCAUGCGAAACAAAGUAGGACAGAUUUCUAUAUGAAAGUUUGAGCUCCUUCUCCAAUAUUUUUGGUUCUUUUUGCUGGCUCUAAUAUGUCAAAUGCCAUACAUGUUGUUCUAGUUCAAAGGAAUAUUUACCUUUCCCUAUAUAUCCUAUUCUGAAAAUUAUUAUGCAGUAUAUUAAAAUAAAAUUUUACAUAUUACAAUAUUAAAACAUUGAUUAAAAUUCUGCCCCAAACCAAACAACCUUCUAAGCAUUGAGUAAACUUUCAGUAAACUUCAUUUCCAUUAUCAUCCUGGAAUUAUAAAACAAGGGAAUUUUCCAGACCUUAGCUGCGUUGAACUAUGGGAGCGAGUUGCAAGCAAUUGAGCCAUUAAUAUAAAUACUGUAGCAAAGGGUUAAAUUUAAAUGAAGAGGGUCCAUUCUUUUCAUUCUGAAAGAACUACUUUGAAGGAAGCUUUGGAGUUCAAAGCAUUUUGCAAAAUACACAACUUAGUUUUCAGUUAAGUGCACUAAAUCUGUUUUCCUGUAUGAAAUUAGAAAACACGAGGUUAUUUUUGCUGUCACUUUUGUUCAGUUAGGCAAGCGGGAUAAAAACAAAGACAAUAGUCUGAAGAAAAAUGAAUGACUGGAAAAUCCCGUUCCCACAUCACCUAUAGCUUUCAGACUGGAACAGAUUGCUAACAUUUAAGGCUUGCUCAAAUUGCAACUGCACCCCUGAAGAGUGAUUUUGGGGAAGAAAUUUUAGUCACCCUUCUCUCCGCAAUUAUUACAAUUGCUAAAAAAUGAAAAAUUGAUUGCAUUGAAACUACCACCAAAAUUUAUUGAUUGGGAUUAUGCCCGUUUCUUACCUGAAUGAGUUGCUUGUGCAGUUAAGCUCAGGGUUGGGAUAUUUAGGCAAGGGAUGCAGCAGAAUGGACUUAUAGAAACAGAUUUGACUUUCCAUGCCUCCUUGAAAGCCACUUAGUAAAUUGGUAGGAGUUUCAUCAAGCCAGUUUCUUCUCCAAAUAAUGUUCAACUGCUUUAAAUAUUCAAUGCUUUUGGAAAAGACAAGUUCUUUAUUUUUGUGCAUACUAACAAGUUAUCUCAAAAUAGUGAAGCUGUCAUUUUUGGGAUUUUUUUGGGUUAUAGUUUGGUAUUGGAUGGAACGGAAAAGAAAUGUAGUGCUGUGCUCACUUGGCUUCUAUAAACCAUGAAGGGAACAUCCAAGUUCAGCAUUAAAUAAUGAUAAAGUGCAGGUGGGCUGUUGUGACUUCAAUUUACUUCUGGUGAGACUUGCACAUUUUUUAAUUGGUAUUGAUCUCUGAGCAAUGAUCUGCCAAUCAUUGGGAGGACAUAAAUUCCUAAAGCACCCAUCCCAAGAUAACAUACUAUACUGUCUAAUUCCCAGAAUGCCCCAGCAUAUUAGCCUCAGUAUGAAAGAUACCAUAUCUUUAAUUGGUAAUCUAGCAGAUAAAUCUUAUCACCGACAAAGGGCAUUGCUGCACCUCUAAAUUAUGAUGCAGAUGUGUUUAUGUGGUUAAGUAACAUUUUAUGUGAUUAGUCAUGUUUUCAUUCGUUAGUACUGAAUUUUUAACAGGCUCUUUGCCUGCUUUAUUAAAUUUGAAAAAAGAAGUGUUGGCUCAACUGUAUAUUCAUAAUUUGAUACACACCAGUGAAAAAUAAAAUGUUCAAGUGUCCCAAUAGUAUUAACUUUAAAAGCAAAAUUGUUUUUAAUUGAAUAUUGAUCUUAAUAUUUGCUAUUUAGCUCAGCAUAGCUCCUGCAUAACUUUUUUUUAAUUGGGAAAGGAGGAUAUUUUUACAUCUGCCUAUGUUACAUGUAUAAAAAUAAAAUCAAAUGUUGAAAUUUGGUACUUUUCUAUUUCUUGUUGGCAUGAAAAAUAAGGUUUUCUCUGUUGCCUUUUUAUUAAAACAAUUAGUUCUGUGCAUUCUGUUCUUUGUGUAAAUGUUGACAAAUAGAUCUAAGUGACUUCAAGCUAAAUAUCAAAGAUUCAAAUAAAAAUAAAAAUUAUGUAUGUA